UUAGAAUAUAACGAGAUGACAUUGACUUUACUGUUCAUUCCCACAGCCCAGGAAAGAUACGUCAGAGCUGGAGUCCUUCCUAAUGUGUGUCUUAAUGGCCGCACAAAGGCAGUGUUAAUGCCUCGGAGAACUCCCACCUCCCCACUUCUCCCAUUGGGUCGUUCACCGUCGUCAACGUUCUCUUCAUCUCUCUCGUCUGAUUUCCUUACUUCUACAACACCAAGAAUGCCAGAUAUUCGAUCAGUAGCAUCAGUCCUAGAACCAACGAGUUCAUCUAAUGAAUGUGUUCGUGACCCAACCAGUGUUCAAGCAGUGGUAGCUGCCUUACAGCAAGCUCAAGUUGGCAAGGGAAUAAAGAGAGGAUCAUGUUAUAUGGAACCAGAAGACUUAAGUAAGAGACAAAAGUGUACCGCUACAGGAGGCAGUAUUGUGUCCACUUCAAUACCCAUCAACUACUCCAGAGAUUAUCUGGAAGAUGGUCACAGUUGUGGUAGUAACGGUGGCGGUGGGGAGAAACGUGCACUAGACUUGAGUCCGUCUGCUCAGGGAAGCUCACAACAACUAAGUCCCGACAACAAGAAGCGGUGUGUCCUGGACCCAAUGGUUGCCUCAUUUUCCUCCUCCAAACAUAUCGUCCACCUUGGAAUUAUUCAGGCAAAUGGACGAGAUACCCCGUUCUCCAUGUAUGACUCCAGGCGAGAUACAGAUUCUGAGAGCAAUCCAAGUGUAGAGUCAGGACAGUCUAAACACUCAGAGCAGUCCUUACACCAGCAGACGAGCGAGGCUACCGGAGGCGAGUCGUGCAUCAUCAGUCCGGGACCGUCGGAGCGAGACCCUUCCGACCGCUCGGGAUCACACACGCCUCAGAGUAUCCGCGGGGAGAGCUGCGGGGGCGGGGGAGGCACAGCCAACACCUCCCGCACCUCAACACCAAGGAACCCCACACCUCCCAGACCAACACAUGUGAUAUCUCUGGAAGCUUAUAAAGCAGAGAAGGCAAAGAGUCAACAGAGGCUUAAGAAGAUGUUGGGAAUGCUCUUUCAUGUUAAAGAAGGGGAAGAACUACAACAAUCUAAGUCUGGUGAUUCAACUCCUGUGUCAGGGUCAGCCUUUACAUUGGUUAGUCCUGCAUCAACUACUACAAGUGUAACACCAUCACUCACCCCUGCAACUACCUCAGGCACAAUAGAAACAACUGCUACAUCACUCUCUACAUCAGCAGUUGGUGGUUUGGGAACUCUCUUGUCAUCUAAUUCAAUACCCAAAGUUAAAAUAAGUGAAGAGAAUGCUACUUCAUCAACUGGUAGUAUUACUCAGACUCCUUCAGAAGGAGCUAAGAGUGAAGUCACUGCUUCCUUUACAUUAUUCCUUAAGCCACCCAGUACUUCAGCCAGUACUUCAACAGCAUCAACUGUCAGUGACUCCGGUAACAAAGAGAAGGAUAAAGCUACAGCAGGCAGUGAUGUGUCAGUUACUGAAGUGUUUAAGCUUCCUGCGGAUGCCAAAGUUAAUAAUGGUGGAGCUGUUGUGUCACUUUCUACUGUAAAUAAAUCAUCAGCUGCACCACUUUCAUCAGGAUCACUUGUAGAAUUUUUGAAAACCACUUCACCUGCCAAAAGUGGGAUACUAUCCACCCCAUCUUCAAAUGAAAAUCCUCUCCUUAAAACAUAUGCACAUCCCAUAUGUACUUCUGGUACAGAGACAAGCCAUGCUCUUGGCAUUUUACCAGUGAACACUUCCUUCAUGACAGGAAGCACAGGGAAAUCUACACUGGCACAAUCCUCACCUAUAUCAACAAAUGUUAUUUCUUCCACUCCAGCAUUUUCUGCCAAUAUGUUUCAUAAUGUGAGUACUUCUUCAAUUCCAUUUAAUGCCACUCUAACACCUCCAAGAGAUUCUACUAUCAACAAUUCAUCAGUUUCACCUGAAUAUAUACCUUCCCCAUCAGCAGCAACCUCUUUUACAUUUAGAUCAAGUAAUCUGAACAAAUGUGUUAGCUCGCCACAGUCUAGCAGUGGACCAACAUCAAGUGUGUCUGUCAGCUCAUCAACCAGAUAUGUUAUGUCAAGUGGCUUUUACAGCAACACCUCUCCCAGUGUCCAGUCAUCAACAGCCUCUCAAGGACUGCGAGAUGCUCUAACAAGAACUUCAGAUGCAGGCUUAGCUAGUAUACUCUCAAAUUAUUCUUCUGAUAUGAUUUCCUUUGGUAUUGGGAGUAAUGGUGCAUCAACUCAGUCUCCUUUUACCUUUUUAGACCCCAAGAAGUCCAAAGCAUCUACUGACUCGACAAGUGUGUUGCCUAGUCGUUCUCAUGAGUUUUCAUUUAAAACCUCACAGGACAGUAGCUCACCAGCAACACUGUUUGCCUCUACUGGGACUUCACAAGCAUCAUCAUCUAUACCAUCAACAGGAUUUGAUAGUUUCGGCAGUCAAAUAGGGUCAACGGCUUCCCCUGUUACAUCUCCACCAGUUUAUAGUGUAACAUCAUCAUCUGUUACAGCACCAACACCCUUUGGUGUGUCUACAACAUCUGCUGCAGCACCCUUUGGUGUGUCUACAACAUCUGCUGCAGCACCCUUUGGUGCAUCUACUACAUCUGCUACAGCACCCUUUGGCAUGGGUACAACAUCUGCUGCAGCACCCUUUGGCAUGGGUACAACAUCUGCUGCAGCACCCUUUGGUGUGUCUGCUACAUCUGUUACAGCACCCUUUGGUGUGUCUACAACAUCUGCUACAGCACCAUCACCAUUUGGUGUGACACCAUCAUCUGCAGCACCAUCACCAUUUGGUGUGACAUCAUCUGCUGCAGCACCAUCACCAUUUGGUGUGACAUCAUCUGCUGCAGCACCAUCACCAUUUGGUGUGACACCAUCACUUGCUGCAGCACCAUCACCAUUUGGUGUAACAUCAUCAUCUGCAACAGCACCCUUUGGUGUGUCUUCAACAUCUGUUACAACACCAUCACUAUUUGGUGGUGUAUCUGUAACACCUGUUGUAGUGCAGCCAAUUUUUGGUGUAUCAACAGCAUCUAUUACAUCACCUUCUACAUUUAAUUCUACAACAGCAAGUGUCACAUCCACAAAUCAGACAUCCUCAUUUUCGUUUGGACAAAGUGCAGGAUCUCAACCGACCACUACUGCAUCAGCCUCACCCUUUACUUUUGGCUCAUCUUCUACACAAGCUACAUCAGGACCAUCCUCCUCUGUCUUUCAAUUUGGAGGACCAGCUGCUCCAACAGGCACAGUUACACUUCCACAGCCAUUUGCUCCUGCUGUAGUAAGUACACAGACCAGUACUGUUACUUCUCCUUUGUUCUCCUUUGGUACAGCUGGAGCACCACCACCAACAACAACAGCUGCAGCAGCUACUCCAUCACCAUUUACUUUUGGUGCACCAAAAAGCAACACUCCUGGCCAGACAUUUGGUAGCACUACAGAAACAUCUGGUAAAGCUGUAUCAUCUGGUUUCAGCUUUAAUCCUGUGCCAGCUGCCAGCACGACCACUUCACCUCCUUCGGCAGGCUUCUCAUUUGGUCCUCCGGCCACCACUCAAGCCUCUGGAUUUCAGUUUAGUUCACCAAGAACAGCUCCUUCCACCAAUAUGAAAGCUAACAGCUCAUUUAAUUUUGGCAGCAAUACUAAUAAGGCUCCCAGUUUUGGUGGUGCAAGCUCUGCAACCUCUCCAUUUAGUUUUGGAGGAAGUACGGCCACUGCCACAAAUUUUGGAUCUAAUCCAAGUCAGAGCUUUGGAGCAACAACAACGGGCACCCCAACCUUUGGAACGUCGACCCCCAGUUUUGCAACUGCAACGGUGAACCCAACAUCACCAUUUGGAUCAACUAAUGCUUUUGGAGCUACUUCUCCAAAUGCUUCCUUCACUGCCCCCACAUUUGGAACACCAAAUGGUAACAAAACAAACAGUGGUGCUAAUCCUUUUGGAGUGCAGGGAGCAACAGCAUCAUUUGCAGCUGGUAAUAACCCUGCCCAAACCCCUACCUUUGGUAGUACAGGAAGCACUAGCGUCUUUGGUGCCACUCAAACCCCGUCAUUUGGAUCAACAACAUUUGGCAGUGAUAAGACUGCCACUAAUAAAGGAUCAACAUUCCAGUUUGGUCAGGGAGCAAGUAACACUCCAUCAUUUGGAGCAGCAAGUCCCCCAACAUUUGGAGGAGCUACCAGUCCUUCAACAUUUGGUGGAGUCUCUGCCACUGGUGCAGCAGGAGGUCCAGUGUUUCAGUUUGGUUCUACCAAUGCCCCUUCAUUCAGUGCAGGUAAUGGCCCAGCCUCCGUUGCCACAAGAAGGCCAAGAGCCCGUGCCCCGAGGCGUCAUCGCUAGCAGAUGCAACCCACCAAUAUUGAAAACAUUUUUAAUGGUGGAAUUUGGGGUGAUUAAUGUGUGUUGGCUUACCACCAUAUCAUCACGUUUGGUGCCACUGGAGAGGUUACUCUGCAGAUGUCCAGCGUAUGUAUGUG